UGUAUUUCCACAUUAGCAGCGGAUUCCGAUGAAAAUUGUGGUGAUUAAUACCAAAAUAUGACUAACGCAUGGUUCGCUAUGCGGGUUUUUGACCAAUGUAACGUUCAUUCAUUGUGUUGUUUGAGUUAAACACACACUCAGACUCUUUUAGGUUUAUUAAGUUCAAUUAAUAUUAAUUUUUAACCAUCCUGCUGCAAGUUAGGGACGCUCCCUUGUGCCGUUGGAAUUAUAUCUAAGUGUUUGAUGUGGAUCGUAGUGUAGAGUGUGUGAUGUGGAUAUGGAGAUCGCGAAAAUGGAUAGAUCGCAGUUUUCGGAACUGUUGCGAUAUUCGCAACCAAUGUUGAUAUCAGCUGGUGUUCUGACCAUCGUUAUAAUGGUCGUAGGAAUAGUUGGUAACCUGUUGACAUGCGUGGCACUAGUGAAGCAUGCUAAACUUCGCACAGUUGCCGCAGCAUUUAUCGCUAGUCUCUGCUUUUCGGACACGAUAUUCGGCAUUAUAGUUGUACCUUUUGCUGCCAGUCAGUUCUUCCAUGGGAAGUGGGUACAUGGAGAUGUCCUUUGCAAGAUAAUCCCGACGUUAAGGUAUGGAUGUGUUGGGGUAUCCCUUUUAAGCAUUGGAUCAAUUUCGAUCAACAGAUAUAUCCUCAUUGCAUGGCCACACCUUUACCAAACCAUCUACACAAAAGCAAAAGUGGCAAUGUACAUUGGUGCCAUAUGGGCUUUCAGCUACGGUCUGCAAAUACCUACACUUCUAGGAAAAUGGGGAACGUACGGCAUGGACACAAAGCUUGGAACCUGCUCCAUUAACCCGGACGAACAUGGUAACAGCUCCAAAACAGCUCUAUUCAUUAUUGGCUUCGCACUACCUUGUGUUAUUAUAGUUAUAUGUUACGCCAAUAUAUACUGGGUAGUGAGAAAGUCCCACAAGAAGAUGCAACAGCAUAAUUCUGGUAAUAAAUAUAAACGAAGCGAAAUGAAGAUCACCAAAAUGGUACUGGUCAUCUUCAUUUGCUUCGUUGUUUGCUAUCUUCCAAUCACACUGGUCAAAAUUUUUGAUGUGGAAGUACAUCACGCACCGCUACACAUCAUCAGUUAUUUGCUGGUUUACUUGUCGAGUUGUGUCAACCCUGUGGUGUACGUUACUAUGAACAAACAGUACAGGAUGGCCUAUAUAAGUACUCUAUUGUGCAAAUAUAAUAUUAAUCUAGAUUCUCAGCUCACACAGCCACCUCCUAGUAAAAAUAACAUGUCUGUAGCUUAUUUGAAAAAUAUGAUACAGUCUCAGUCACCGAGCAAAGCGUGAUAUAGAAAAAGACGGUGAGUUUGAUCGUUGAAAAAAUU